GCCCUUCACUACCAGCAGCUGCAGCAGCAAUCUGCCGCCACCGGCUCCCUGUAACCCGCCUGUGACUCCCGUCUCUCCCGUCCCACGGCGACAUGGCCGGCUACCUCCGCGCAGUCACCUCUGUCUGCAAGUCCUCCGCUGUGGCCUUCGGAAAGAACCCCGGUGCCCUCGCCCCGGCCCUCAGCCAGCAGCAGCGGAACUAUGCAGACAAACGUAUCAAGGUGGCUAACCCAGUGGUGGAGAUGGACGGUGAUGAGAUGACACGUAUCAUCUGGGAGUUCAUUAAGGAAAAGUUGAUCUUGUCUAAUGUUGAUGUUGAACUGAAAUAUUACGAUCUCGGGCUUCCAUAUCGUGACCAAACCAAUGACCAGGUCACCAUUGACUCUGCUUUGGCUACGCAAAAGUACCACGUUGCUGUGAAAUGUGCCACGAUUACUCCUGAUGAGGGGCGAGUAGAAGAGUUUAAGCUGAAGAAGAUGUGGAAGAGUCCCAAUGGAACCAUCAGGAAUAUCUUGGGUGGAACAGUUUUCCGGGAGCCAAUUAUUUGCAAGAACAUUCCACGCCUGGUUCCUGGAUGGACACAGCCAAUUACCAUUGGCAGACAUGCCCAUGGUGACCAGUACAAAGCCACAGAUUUCGUUGUUGACAAGGCUGGAAACUUCAAGAUGGUGUUCACACCAAAAGAUGGGACAGCCACUAAGGAAUGGGAAGUGUUUGACUUCCCUGCUGGAGGUGUUGGCAUGGGAAUGUACAACACAGACGAGUCUAUCUCUGGGUUUGCACACAGCUGUUUCCAGUAUGCUAUUCAGAAGAAAUGGCCCCUCUACAUGAGUACAAAGAACACCAUUUUGAAAGCUUAUGAUGGUCGCUUCAAGGACAUCUUCCAGGAUAUCUUUGAGAAGCAUUACAAGCCAGACUUUGACAAACUGAAGAUCUGGUAUGAGCACCGGCUAAUUGAUGACAUGGUAGCACAGGUACUCAAGUCUAAUGGAGGCUUUGUCUGGGCUACCAAGAACUAUGAUGGUGAUGUCCAAUCUGAUAUUCUUGCUCAAGGAUUUGGUUCCCUGGGAUUAAUGUCAUCUGUCUUGGUGUGUCCUGAUGGAAAAACCAUUGAGGCAGAAGCUGCUCAUGGGACAGUUACUCGUCACUAUCGGGAACAUCAGAAGGGUCGUCCCACAAGUACAAAUCCGAUCGCCAGCAUCUUUGCAUGGACACGAGGCUUGGAACACAGAGGAAAACUUGAUGGAAACCAAGACCUAAUUGACUUUUCCUUAAAACUAGAAAAGGUUUGUGUGGAGACUGUUGAAAGUGGCGUAAUGACGAAGGAUUUGGCUGGCUGCAUUCAUGGAGGUUUCAGCAACGUCCGACUUAACGAGCAUUAUGUAAACACAACGGACUUCCUGGAUGCUAUUAAGAACAAUCAUGACAAAUCGCUGGGGAAGAAAUGAAGUUUGCACUAGUUCAAUGGCCAGACCGUUUUUACCUCAUUUUUAACCUUUAAAUCUAGGAAGUCACCUUUGUGGCUCAGGAACAAACUUUUUAACCCGUCUAAUGCUGGUUGUAUUUUUAAACACCAUAAACUGCUGCAGAAAUGGGACAGGUUUGAUCACCUGUCUAGUGCUGGAACUUUGCUGCACCUUUUGUAUUUGUCAUCUUACCUUUGUGGUGCAAUUUAUAGCAAAUAAACAUUCAGUCUUCUCCUUGUAAA